AAGAAACAAAUAACAUAUUUUUACGUCGCCAGUGUACGUUUUAUGCUCUAACCAAUACACACAAAACCAGGGCAACCACCGAUUUAGAUUUAGUUUUACUGCACAUGCGCAGGAAGUUCAAUAAUAAGUGCGAUAAACAAUUAAAUUUUAACAGCAUAUGCAUGCAUUUAAUAACAAAGACAAUAAAAGUAGUUUAAAUUCGUUUUCUGAGUGGGCCUGCUACAUUAACGGUUGAUUUAUGACAAGUCCAUAUAGCAACCAAGAUUAGUAUGUAACACGUUAAUCCUUCGCCUAUCGAUAUCUAUCGGUUUUUGAAUUGAAGCUUAUUUAUAUUAUGAACGAAAGAACUUCUUACUUUUGAUAUAUUGUAACCGAUUCUAAGGAUCCCAAUCAGUUGGCGGAAAUCUCUAGAAUCCGAAGAUGCCGAGAGAAAUGAUGGCAUUUCGGAGCGGAUUCAGUGCCGCAGCAAUUGUGGGUGAGGGAACAACACCGUACGGGCCGGCAAACGCGUCUAGAUGUAUCUUGAUAUAUACAUAUGUAUAUAUCUAAAAAAUCCGCCGAUUUAAAAAGAGCUUUUUUGACUAAGUGCAUGCGAAAUUCAUUUUCCCAAAAAUCAUUUCUUUUUGUUAGAAAACACCGCACUUUGUAAUUGAUUGCGCUUAAGAGCGCGCUGCAAAAGUGUCAAACAAAAAUACACGUAAAUUACUCUUGGGACUCCUGACUCCUGAAGAUGUUAAAUACGCUAUGUUAAAUAAUAUAUUGGCGGAGCGAAAUCGAUAAGCAGCAAAUUGAAAUUCGUGGAAUCCUGCUGGCGAUGCAGUGGGACGCUGAUGCAGUUGGAGUUGGAUCGAUAUAGAAUAGAUUACAGGCGCGUCCAUAUGUGAGUGGCGCCAGUUAAUGCAUCAUCCCGAAUCCUGUAUCUGUAUCCCGUAUCUCAGCAUAUGAAGAUACUCCGUCGCAGUGAUGAGAUCGAGGCUGUUCUGGAUACUGGCGAUUAUAUACUCCUCACUCCAUCACAUCGGCUCGGGCUCGACGUCGACCACAUUAAAACGGCCGCGAGCUGGCGAUCCCUUCGACACGUUUCCAAAGAACUUUUGGCAGGAGUUCUCAUCGCCGUUCACCGACACGCCCGAGGAUGAGGAACUGGAGGUCACCGAUACGACUACCCACGAACCGUUCCCCUUCUUUGCCGAUCCAUAUACCACUCUGAACAUUAGCACCCAGCUCUCGUCCAGCGUUUAUCUGCAUUGCAGGGUCAAUGAUCUUCAGGGCAAGACGGUGUCCUGGAUGCGGCGACGUGGGGAUGAUCUCACUUUGAUUACCUUUGGCACGCACACAUAUAGCGGAGACUCAAGAUAUUCGCUGGAGUUCGAGGAGCCCAACGAUUGGAAGCUGCUCAUCCAGUUCGCCAAUGAGCGAGACGAGGGUCCCUAUGAGUGCCAGGUGUCCUCACAUCCGCCACUUGUCCUGCUCGUCUACCUAACGAUAAUUGUUCCUCACGUGGAGAUCCUCGACGAACGGGGCUCGGCCACGCCGGAAAAGUACUACAAGGCUGGCAGCACAAUCGAGCUGCAGUGCGUCAUUUCCAAGAUUCCGCAUCCCUCCUCCUAUAUCACCUGGCGGCACGGGCCGCGUCUUCUUAACUAUGACACCAGCCGCGGUGGAAUCAGAAUUUGUAGUGUCAAGACGGACAUGCUGCCAGGACGAGCACUGAGCCGCCUGUACAUCGCCAAUGCAAAUCGCCAGGACACUGGCAACUACACAUGCAUGCUGGGCAAUGAGAUUACGGAGACGGUGAUGGUCCAUGUUUUGAACGGUGAGGAGCCCGCCGCCAUGCAGCAUGCGAAUGGAUGCCGCCAAAAAGCCAACGCCUCCACAAUGGUUGUGUUAUUUCUAGUGUACGUGUACAUCUCUGGUUCCAUUUCCAUAUCCGGAUUAGGACGGAGAUUGGGUAUGGGACGUGGUUGGGAAUUGGGGCGAUGACGACGCGGCGGAAUCCAGAGAUCUUAGAUCUCAGAUUGCAACACGGGAAAUGCAUACACCAAAAGAAUCUUGUCCAGGAUUGCAUUUUCUACUUUUACUCUAAUCAUGGGUUGUUUAACAUAUGAUACAUAGCAUAAACCGAAAUACUAAGCUUAAGUAAAGUGUAUUUAAAAAAACCGGAAAUCGAAGAUCUAAACAGAAAAAAAACGAAAACUAAGUGAAAAAAAACUCGUAAUAGUAAGGGCGUACGCGAAAUAUAGAUGAGAAAUUCAUUUUUAGCGCUAGAACAUAACAUUAUUAUCAUAAUCGAAUCGAAUUGUACUACCAAAACGGCCGUGUUUAUGUUGGCUAAACAUAUUGAUCCUAUAUACAUAUACAUUAUUGCAUCUAACGUAUUCACAUUUAGCUCUUUGUUACCUCCACGUCAUUAUGGAAAUAUCUAGAUUUGUAAGAUCUGAGAGUCCAAGCAUAAUUGUUUCUCGCUCGAAUCGCCUUCCAAAGGUCGUCUCAAGAAUCCCGUUAAGCUCGUGUGAGUAGCUGUGUAUCUCAUACAUACAGUAUACACCUCCGAUCCAAGGCCUUGUGAAUGAAAAAAAUGGUUGUAGCUUCUUGAAAUCAAACAGCAUAUCAGUUGGGAUCAUUCUAAUCGUAAUAAUAAUCAAUACCGAUCGAAUUCGUAGCUUCAUCCUUGAUUCAAAGUACUUUUUCCUUGCCUCAGACUUUUCAAUAUUUAAAUCCAUCAAUAACUGAAGAGUUUUAAAAGCCAAAAAAAUAUGUUAGAGAAAAGUUGAUAAACUUAUUAAAUAAUUACAAAUGUUAUGAAUGUGUGAGCUUGAUUAGAAAUUUCUUAUUUUUUUAACUAAGUUGAUCCAUGAUUUAUUGAAACCUAAAAUGUAGACAAAAAGACAAAUGUUUAAUGUUAACAUAACUGUGCCAUUAAAAAUGGAUACAUAUCGUUUAAUUGUUGUUAAUUCGGUUGCGGAACCAAUGACCAUUUGAGGCAGAUGAAAUUAAUUGUAUAUUUGUAUCUUUUUGGAUUCGAAAAUACAACACAACUCGGACCAAUGGGUAAAUACUUGAUUGUUUAAAUGCAAAACGGUCCCAAAGCCAAAACUUAAAAAACGCUAAGGAAAAGGAAUUAAAUUAAAUUUAAUAAAUCACAAUCAAGAACAAGAAGUAAUUUGAAUGCUUUCCAAUUUCAUUUUUCGAUUUGGUGAGGAGUAAUCCUUUGGUGUUCAUAUCGCCAAUGCCCACGGUACCCCAUCUAAAUUCGAGCAUAUAUUGUCUUAAGCUUUAGCUUCAAACGAUCACCGCCUAUAUAAAAUCCCAAAAAAACUAUAAAAUAAAACUUUUGAAAUCCCUUCUCACAGACGGCUUUUCAAAUUCAUAUUGCUUUUAAAGGUCGGUUAUAUAUACUCCCUUUACAAAUUGUAUUUUGAAAUCAAAGCUCAGCUUGAAAUACUCACAAAAAAAAGAAAAAAAAAACAAAUAUGAAACAAAAAUAUUUAUAUGGCUCGAGGCCUAAGUACUUGGGUAAACUAAUUUCAAAUGGUCCAGUGUAGUUAUUGUAAAGUAUUCAAAUUGAUCCCGACCCAAAAACGGUCCUUGGUCUGAAUCUUUGGAGUAUGCCCUUAAAAUAACACAAAUGAUAUAAAAAAAAAAAACAAAACAAAUGUUGGAGUGAGAUAACGAAACAAUACUUAGAGACUAAAGAAAGUGACAAAACGAAACUUUUAGAAAGAUUUUGGUUACAGAAUUAUAUUUAAUAAUUACUACAUUUAAAAAUUGAGAAUAUAAAACUACAUACAUAAUGUAAAUCGGGGGCGUCCCUUGGUCAAUAACCGAAGCGACUGCGACGGACCCGAAAGAUACCGUCAUUGUCAAACAAACAAAAACCAAAAAGUAACUAAAAAUUAAUGCAAAAUUGUAUAAAAUCACACA